AUGCUUUUCUCGGGCAGCGCCGCUGCAGCGCCUGUCAAGAAAAAAGACGAAAAGAGACGCGAAAGAAACGAACGAGACGAGAAGCACGAGCUCCAAGAGAAUGUUUUCGUGCGUUGGGUGGGGAUCAUUUUGGGCGAUGAGGCGCCUCGAGAGCCAAGGGAGUUGGCCGAUCCGAACAUUGUCGCCAAAGCGAUCAGCCGAAUCACCGGCAAUGCAGCGAUCAGCGCCCCAUCUCGCUACGAAUUCUUCCAGACGAUCAUCAACGAGUUAGGCGUUUUCGGGACAAAACUAACACCCAGCGAGUUGACGGAACACUUGCAAAAGGCGGUUCUCCAAAUGUGGUGGUGCAUUCUGCACUUGUACUGGCAACGUAUGGCCCCCGAGCCGUUGAAGCGGGAAAAAGUGCAAGACGCGAUGCGAAUGUGGUGCAUGGAUGUGUGCAAAGCUUAUCCAGAAGUUAACGUCAACGAUUUCACGUCAUCGUGGCGCGACGGGCACGCAUUUAACAUUUUGCUGCACAACUUUGAUCCAAAACUCGUGAAAAUGUCGGAAAUCAGCGAAAUGAGCGGCUUGGAACGGAUCGAAAACGCGUUUACUGUAGCUGAGAGACUCGGCGUGCCACGAUUGAUGAACAGUAGAGAUCUUCACAGCGAAUUCUUGGACAGUCGCUCGGUGGUCGUCUAUUUAGUGUCUUUGUAUUUGACGCUACAAGGGAAAAGUGAAGAACAGAGGCAAAUCCAAGGACAACGAGUGACUGGGCCAGCUUUUGGACAACCUCUCCCCGAUCCUCAUUCUCUACCAUUGACAUCUCCAGAGCCACUCUCGUUACAAGGGCAAAUCAUCGAAGAACAGCCGUCUCACUCUCUGGCGAUGUCUCAGCCAUCAAGUGCCGGACAACAGGACGAGCCAACCGUUGAGAAAACCUUUCAUUUACCAAUCUUGCCAGAGCCUUUCGUUUCGCAGACAGUGGCCCUAUCGACUGAUUUGAGACGUGAAAAGCAGCCAAAACAACAGAGUAUCGACAAUCCGACAAAUGAGGUCGAAUCAAUCCGUUCUCGAAAAUCCUCGUCGUCAAGUCAAAAAUCAUCGAAAGGAAAGAAAAUGAAAAAGGACGAGUUGGCGAAAGAGUUCGACUCGUGCUUGGAACAGGUGCUCGCCUGGUUGCUCGAGGCUGAGGAGGAGUGUGCGGUCCUAUCCGAUGUGGAAACAAACGAUGUGACGGCGGUGAAGACGCAAUUCAGGGACUACGAGCAAUUCAUGGCUUCGCUCACCGAGAGUCAGGACACCGUCGGACGGGUAUUGCAUCGUGGUCAACUCCUUUGCCAAAAAUCGGAGACCGAGGCUGAACGCGAGGCGAUUCAGCAACAGCUUGAGCUGGUCAAUUCGCGUUGGGAAAGGCUACGGGCGCUGGCUAUGGAUCGUCAAACGGUACUUCAAAGCGCGCUCACCACUCUCCAACAGAAGCAAUUGAAUGAGAUUUGUGGUUGGAUGGCUGAUACAGAGACGUUGAUCACGGCGGCUGGUGCUUUAGCUGAGACACAAGACGCUGCAUUGAAACAGAUUGAAGACCACGCUCGGCUACAAAAACGAAUCGCUGACUUUGAGCCGACUGUUGCCCAGCUGAGCUCGUUUGUAGCUGUGGUUGACGAAGGUGAAACAGAAAGCGAUAUGUCGGUGGCCCAGCUGGAGACCACUUUGCGAACGGUUGGACAAAGAUGGGAAGGGAUAUGCUUGUGGGCUGAGACUCGAGCACAGCAUCUCGAUGGAUUGGCUGAGUUGUUUGACACGGCUGAUGAGGUGUUUUCAAGGCUGAAUGCUUGGUUGAAAGAGCGGGAACAUGAACUACUCGGCCUCAAAUCCGCGCAUCAUCUUGACGAGCGCGAGCAAGUCGCUGAACAGGUUCGUCUCCUUCAACAAGCUGAAGCGUCACUCGAAGCUGAACACUCAUCUUUCGUUCGAGCUAGUCAACUCAGUUGUGAACUGGUGGCAAGGCUUGACACGGGAAAUGGAGCGGCGGCAAACGAGGUUCGCCGUCGUUUGGACACGCUCACACAAAGAUGGGACAAUCUAGUCACAAGAAUCGAGGAGCAUUCGAAUACGUUAGUAAAAAGCGGGAAAGCUGGUCUGAAAAAGCCCGAUCUUUCGAUUGAAACGCCGAUUGAAACGCCAAUUCAAGCAGAUUCCGAGGAAAAGAAGAGAAUCGAGGAAACUGAUACAGAAAACGUCAAAUAUCCAGAAGAAGAGACUUUGAAUCAAGAUAUUGUCGAUCGUUUCCUAGCGCACGUGGAGCGAGUUUCCGCCGAAAUGCGCCCAUUAUCCGAUUGGUGUCACGCGUUUACGCUAAGCAAAAGGCCGACUGAGGCUCGAAAAAUGAUUGCACUUUGUCAGGGGAAACUCGUCGAGAUUAAAGAACAAGAGGCAAAGGUGAAUCAUUUGCAACUCGAAAUGGAGCGAAUCCACAUGAACAAAGAUCUCUCGGCCGGGCAACUCAAAGCCGCCAACGACGCUUUUGCUCAUUUUGCAAAGGAUUGGGCCGAGAUUGUGACCAAGAUCAGCGAAGCGUUGAACGUUCUCUCGGGUCACUCCGAUGGUGACGAGGAAGGAGUGGUGGCGAGAGGGAUCGAGCAAUGGAUGGAGGGAUGUGAGCGGGUACUCAACGAGAUGCAGAAAGCGUCGAUUUCCGAGCGAGCUCUGCGCGCAAAAAAGCUCAAAGAGCAAUGGGACACACAGAAUUCGAAUCUCAACUUUAUCCAAAAGGAUCAUCUCAAACGAGCCAUUCUCACGAAGGGAUUGCAAUUGAUUGGGAAACGUUUACAACAACAUAUUGCUUUCGAGGCACCGGUAACUCCCACCUCGUCAGUGAUGAUGACUUCAAGUGUUCAGAGUGCUCCCGGAGCUGAGCCACGGUUGAAAGAGCUAGAAACAAGCUUGUCCGGUCCCUGGCACUCGGUGGGCGAUUUGCGACAUUUGCGCGAUGAUUUCGCGAAAAUCGAGAAGCUCACGCAGACGCUGAAGGGGGAGAAACUCCCGAUCGAAUUCGUUGAAAUGGCGGAAAAGCGACGCGCCGAGACGUUGGAGCGUUUGGAAAUCACGCAAAAAGCAGCCGAAAUGAUCGAGAAAGCGCAGAUUGGACUGGAUCGAAUCUCAUCAAAAGUCGAGUCCGCCUCAAACUCCACGGACGAUUUCCCGUCUGUGAUCGCUCGUUUGAAUGGAUUGAGAGAAGAAUUGGCUGCAGAAGAAACAUUGAGAAAAGAUGCGGAGAGAUUGGCUGAGAAGAUGCUUUUAAGGGAUCCGGAUUUGGAUCAAGAUAUCACAACCGCUUGGCGUGCCCGGGUGAACAAGUUGGCGGAAGAUUGGUCAAAGCUGGCCGACUCGAUCGAGGACACGAUCUCGUGCGUGAAGAAAGAGCACCGGAUGAGUGUGCAGAAAGCAAUCAAUGACGGUGAUCGAGUGCUAAAAGAUCUUGAAAAGACGCUUGUCGAGAGUGAAUCGGCCGCUGAUGCUGAGCAAUUGAGUGAACACCUUGAUCAAAUUGAGAGCCUACUCGAGCAAGUGCCUGACACGAGUGGACUGGAGCCAGUUGUUGAAGCGAUCAACGAAAACUUCGUCCGGGACAACUGGCAAAGACACAGUGCUAGUAGAGAGAAGAUUCAGGGAAAAGCAAAAGAGAGAAUCCAACAAAUCAACGAUAGAGUUCAUCAGUGUGAGAGAUUUGAUCAAAUCGCUGGUGAACUCGAGAAAUGGGCACCACGUUUCUCAGCUUUACUCGCGGCAAGGAAAGGAGCUGAUAUCUCAGCACUUGAUGUCCCCGAAGAGUACAAGCAUUCUUUUGAAUCGGGCACUUUGAUUACGGCAAUGCAAAAUGAGUUCGACGAGCAAACGAAAGCCAUUGGAGAGAUGAGGGAAAUCGCGGGAAAAGAGCAGAAUGAACGAUUAGAUGAACAGAUGAAACAUGCUGAGAAAACGUUCGCCGAUCUCGCGCCACGUUUCGCCACUUUCAAGCAACCCGUACACUUCGAGGGAAAGCUAGAGAAGUGCACAGAUAGACUCACACAAAUCGAGCAUUCACUCGAUGAACUAACAGGCUUAAAACUCGAGUCAAUCGAAAGCGGAUUGUUGGAGGCGAAGAAUUCAGUGAAAGAUUUGAUUUCCCUGGACGAGACGUUGAAAGAUCUCGACACAGGACGAGAGAGAUUGUUGCGAGAUUCGAUUUUAAACAAAAACGAAGCCACCGAAGUCAAGGCGAAGCUUCAAAUAGCGAAGAGGAAAACGAAAGAGCUCGGCCUUAGAGCUGAGGAAGCCGUUGAUCGACUCGAUGAUUGCAAGAUUUUAGCUGAAAAGCUGAAAGACGAGAUGGGAAAGGUCGAUAAAAUGUUAUCGUUGAUGGAGAAUCGUUUGGAAGAGUACGGUCGACAAGAGAGCAAUCUGGAAGAAGACAAAAUCGAGGAGAUGGUCAAUGAGUGGAAUCGAAACGAAGCCAUCGUCCGCUCAUUGGAAGAAUUGGAGAGAGUGCUGAAAUCGAAAGCGAUUGACAUUGAGACAAGGACGGGAAGCGGGGAAAGAAGAAGACGGGCGCAGGAGUUGAAGACCCGUUUGGACGCUUGGAAUUUGACGGCUCGCGAAAUGAACGACGAUCACGAGAGUCUACUUUUAGAGGUCGACGAAUUGCACGAGGAUUUGAUGAAGAAAUUGGACGACGCUGAGAAAGAGGACGAUCCAAAAGAGAUCGCCUCUAGACUCCACUUUUUGCGUCACGAUCGUGAUCGGCUUUCGUCAAGGGCGCGACGCUUGGCGAUGCUCAAUCCACGAUUGGCUCAGAGUGAUCCCGUAGCCGACGUGAACUCUCGAUGGCAUCGUCUAGAAGAAAGAAUGGAAACGGAAAGUGGUGACAUUCAUCAACCACCGCCUCUUCCACCACCACAUCCACCGCAUCAAUCUUUUGAGGACGGAGUGAAGAGAUUAGCGGAAAGCUUCGAUGUGGCCGUUAAAUAUUUGGAUUUCGACGAGUACCCAGUGCGGAAUGCGAACGAGUGGCGGGAUCGGGUCAAGGCAUCAGAGGAAUGGAUGUCAGCUCGACGUGAGGCUUUAUCUGAAGUAGUCGGUGAUGGGAGACGGUUAGCUGACACAGGAAGAAUGGAGCUGGAUACACAUCGAGCAAUCGAGGAGCUAGAUAACGUUAUUGAUACAGCCAAUGAGUUCGAAUCGGAAAUCGAGCGAAAUCGAGGCGACGUCGAUAUAGCCAUUGAGAAAAGCGAGGCGCUUCAGCGAGAUCUACGAUUAAUGAAAGACGUGAUCGAGAGCCUUUCCAAGCGGAAUCUUCAAGAGCCCGAGAUCGUUCAGGCAACGCGAAAAGAUCUCUCGUCCAGAGAUCCCCAACUUUGCUCUCUAUCAAGGCGAGCUGCCGAGUUGCACGCAUCACUGCCGGGCAGAUCAUCCGCUUCUCGUGACACUACUCUGGACGCUUUAAAUCAAGGCCUUUCCUCAUUAGAAUCAAUUCUCGCGGGAUCUGACCGGAGAGAGAGAUCGGGAAGAGACGAAGCGAAAGAGGAAUUGGAGGAGUUGGAGACGAGCUUGAAGAACGAGAACGAGCUUCAAACGUCUCCUGAUCGAACCUCGAGAAGUAGUGUGGGCAAUUCGUUGGCCAUGGAAGUGAUGUGCACGGAUCAAGGGACAACCACCGAAGACGAGACGCUUUCAAGGGGAGAACAAGGCGACGCCGAGAUCAAGGUUGACGCGGAUCGUCGCACAGAGUCAAUCGACGUUCCGAUUGAGUUCGUGGAUGCGGCAAGGAUCAAGCCGAUCACUUUGGGAGUGGAGCUUGAUGUUGCAGAGUCGGAAACGGACUCCCGCGAGAACACGCCAAUCAAGAAACAAUCACUGGCAAAAGAGGAAUCAAUGGAGACGAAACCCGAGCCAAAGCGUUCCCGGGCGGAAUCAGCGACGAAACACUCGAAAAUCGCGUCGAUGAGUAUGGAAGAGGUUUACGAGCUAUUGGACAAUAUUGAAGACGGUUUAUCGUUCGAGGAGGAGUACCCGCUGGAGAACGUGGACCACGAUGAUAAAGAGUAUAAGGAGAUGCACAAGCAGCUUGAUGAGGCUGCGAGAGCGCUAGAUGUAAAUCAAAUGGAGCUGAACAUGAUGCAAGCUGAGCACACAAAAGAACGAAUUGAUUCCCUGAGAAAAGAUGUAGAGGAAAGGAAGCGAAAAUCUCAUGACGAGAGAAAAGAAUGGCACGAUUUCUCAAAGUGCCUAGUGGAAGCUGAGCGUCUCUUCCAAAAGGGAGUCCGACUCAGCGGCGAAUUCGAGCGGAAAUACGAGAGUGGAGACAGGGAUUCGACGAAAGCCAAGGAAUUGCUCGAGAGGAUUUUGAGGACGAUGAAUCGCUCCGAAGUAGCUGUUUGUGAGGUUGUGCGUCGAGUGGCCGGGGUUUUACCGAGAAUGCGUGAAGGUGGGAAAAGAGAGACUGACACGAGGACCACUGUAUAUUCUUUGGAUCAACGAUUCGCUGAAUGGAGUAGAAAGGCUCGCGUCCUUUUGGACAAAUCGGCUGUGGAUGUUGAGGCGCUGAAAUAUCAGCUGAAUGGCAUCAAGAAUUGGUGUGAUUUGGUGGAAACCGAACUGGGUGAACCGGUGCAUUGGGCACAUUUAGAAAUGGUCGAAGAGCAGAAAGAGAAGUUAUCCAAGCGUCUCUCCGAAAUGGCAGUUCAUCGUGCUUCAAUGUCUCACGUUGAAUCGUGCAAGGAUCGUCUCGUUCUUUUGCCAACUGUCGAUCAAGAGAUUAAGCACGAGAUGAGAAGAGCUGUCUCCGAUGCUGCAAGAAGAUUGGCUGAUAUCCGUUCCGAUCUCUCGGAUCGUGUGCGUGGCUUGGACGAGAUGAAAGUGAAAGCGGAAGAGGUUUGGAGAGAAGUUGAGACUCUCGAACAAAUGGCAAAAGAGAUCGAGCGUCGAGUUGAGGCGACAAAAGAGGCGGUGAUCUAUACGCCGUCUCGGGAAAGCACGGCUUCUGUCAAAAAUGAUGCCGCUGAUUUGCGACAAGCGGUUAAUAAAUUGGAGAAAAUUUUGGAAAACGCUGAGAAAGAUCGUCCAAAUAUGUUGGAAAAGCAUAAAAAGAAAAUCUCUGCCGUAAUCUCGAUCUCGAGGAACGCCGCGUCGGCAGCCGACUCGUUAGUGCUUCGGGAAAGUUCCUCCGCUCAAGAGUCCUCUGAAAUGAGCCUCUCGACGGUGAUCGAGGUUUCCGAGAGAUCCGAGAGAUCUGAGAGAUCCGAAUUGACGGCCCAGCAUCGACCAGGCUCAAGCAUUUCGGCUGAAGGCACGCUUGAUGCUCCAUCGGAUCGAGUGGAAUCACUGCACGAUGAGGUGCACACAUCGGAUGAGGAUGAGAGCACGGAGAGAUCGCAUCGACAAAGGAUUUCAGCAACCGGAUCGCAUUCAGCAGCCGGCCCACCAUUACCCGACCAUGGUCUCCUCCCACCGCGUGACCAACACGCAAUGCAAACGUUGACUCAACUUGGGCUAUGGCUUGGAGAAGUGGAAAGAGACGCGGGAAUGGCUGUUGAUUUGGCUUCUCAUCAAAAGAUUAAGGAACAGAUCAACACUUUGCAGACCCUUCAAGAGCAACUCCGGCAACGCCAAAUGGAGCCAAUAAACGUUUCUGAUGGAACGAUGACGUCUGUGGUGAAGCAACGGGCAGCUGAUCUGUGCACAAGCAUUGAACGAGUCAGCGCGGCUAGUCAAAAACGAAGGGCACAUUUGGGAAAAGCGGUGGAAACGGCGAAAUGGUUAGAGCAAACGAGAGGUGGAGUCGAGUUGUGGAUGGCUGGAGCUGAGGAGGAUUUUGGCACCCGUGCACCAAUGGAGUCCAAUGAAGAGACGGUGAGGGCCGAGCUGAGCCGAGUAGAGUCAAUCCUUGAGCAGUUACCCCAACAGAAGCAAAAGAUUCACGAAAUCAAUAUAAAGGGAAAUGCUUUGUUGGACGAGUUCCCAAGAGACGAAGCUCACAAUUUGUCUCAUCUUCUUUCCCGUUUGAACAUGCGAUGGACUCAGUUCAACGAUAAUAUUCGUAUCCGCCGAGCCGCUCUCGAGGCAUCACUCCGAUCGAGAGCCGAUUUUCAUUCGGCGCUAGCGGAAGUCGAGGAAUGGAUGCACCGGAUUACUGCCAGUUUGCAGAAACUCGAGAAACGCACGAGCAACACUCAAUCGUUGAAGGACACGCAAAGGAGGAGAGAGUGGAUACAAGCUGAGAAGAACCUCGGCCACGAGAUCGACGCCCAUUCGGAAGUGAUUCGAUCAGUAGAAGAGAUGGGGAAGAAAAUCGUGGCCGGCUUUGAUACAGGAAAGGAUAAACAGACAAUGGAAGAUCGAUUGAAUGAUUUGGAAACGAGAUGGACGGGCAUCACGCAGACACAGGCUGAAAUCAGGAAGCGGCUGGCCGAUGCGGAGCAAGAGUGGGAACGAUUGACGAACGGGUUGGCCGAGUUGGUUCACUGGAUUGAGACAAAGAGUAAACAGCUCCUCAACCAGCAACCCAUUGGCGGCUCGUUGUCGGCGGUGCUGGCACAGGGUGGUUUCGUAAAGAAUAUAGAGAGAGAAAUCGAGGCGAAAUCCCCGCAAGUGAAAGAAGUGAUCGCCUCGGCGCAUUCCUAUUUGAUGCAACAUGAUUUACGGCCGAAAAUGUACAAACCCGGAGUGCUAGACGACGGAGAAGAGGAGGCGGAGACGAAAGACAUGGACGAGCGCCGCUACGGACUGCAGAUUCACGCGGAUUGCGAGAAGUUGAAGGAAAAAUGGUCCGAGCUAAGCGAUCAAACGUCGGAUUGGGGCAAAGUGGUGGCCGGAGCUGCACAACGGUUGCAAGAGCUCGAGCGAGCGCUGGCUGAGUGCCAAUUGCAUUUGAGCUCGGUUGAGCAAGAGCUUGAGCAAGCGCGUGCUGUCGAGAAUCUCCGAUUGGAGGAGCUGAAAAACGCGCGGGUUGAUGUGGAUGCGAUGAGCGAUCGGGUUGAUCAAUUGCGAGUGCAUUUGGACGAUGCGAACGACGCUUGUGGAAGGAUUUUAGCCGCCGAUAUGCCACUCGACACACAUCCCAAAAAUCAGCUCGAUGCCGUCAAUCAGAGAUUCACAGCCGUCAAGACGUCCGUACGGGUGCGUGCGGCUGCUCUCCGAAACGCUUUCAACGAUUUCGGCCCCUCGUCCGAGCAUUUUCUCAAUCAUUCCGUCACUUUGCCAUGGCAGAGAGCGAUCAGCAAAACGAAUCAUUUACCGUAUUAUAUUGACCACAACACCGAGCACACCCAAUGGGAGCACCCGGUUUGGGUGGAAAUGGCCAAAGAGCUGAACUCGUUCAAUCGCGUCAAAUUCAUCGCCUAUCGAUGCGCGAUGAAGCUACGAGCCCUUCAGAAACGACUCUGCCUCGAUCUCAUCUCGUUGCCAAUGCUCGAAAAGGCAUUCGCGCGUCUCGAUGGCCUCUCGAAUGAGGAGUGCCCUCAAUUGGAUGAAAUGGUUUCCUCUCUUCUUCCCCUUUUUGAAUCCCUUCAUCAACUCCAUCCAACGCUCGUCAAAUCCGUGGCUUUAGCCGUUGAUCUGUGCAUCAAUUUCCUACUCAAUUUGUACGAUUCCUCUCGUGACGGCAUUCUCCGGGUUCUCUCCUUCAAAGUGGCGCUCAUCGUCUUCUGCAAUGCGCCUUUAGAGGAGAAAUAUCGCGCCCUCUUCGAGCUGGUCGCCCAGGAGGGACAAGCCGAUCAGAAACACGUCGCUUUGUUGUUCUAUGAUCUCAUUCAUAUUCCCCGCUUGGUGGGUGAGGCGGCGGCGUUUGGCGGCUCAAACGUGGAACCAUCCGUUCGCUCGUGUUUCGAAUCCGUCAAAUUGGCAUCACAUAUUCAGUUCACCCCAUUCAUGGAUUGGUUGAAGAAAGAGCCACAAUCGCUUGUUUGGCUGCCCGUCAUGCAUCGUUUAGCCACCGCUGAGUUCUCGAAGCAUCAGGCGAAAUGUAACGUUUGCAAAAUGUUCCCAAUCGUCGGCCUUCGCUAUCGUUGUCUUCAUUGCUUUAACUUUGACAUUUGUCAAAAUUGUUUCUUCUCUCAAAGGACGAGUAAAAAUCAUAAAUUACGACACCCAAUGCAAGAGUAUUCAAUUCCAACAACUUCUGGUGAGGAUGUUCGCGAUUUGCACAGAUGCAACCGGCAAGUUGGGACGAAGACGAAAACGAUUGGCUACUGCCGAACGAAGCAGCUGAGCCACGAGAGGGAAAUGAUCAAGUCAGUGAGCGACGUGAAAGCCCCUGCAGUUGAUCUCACGGGUGAAGUGAAGUUGAAGGAU